CAACUAAGUCGGAAUAAGACUUUCUUCUUUCACAAACACACAGAAAAGUGUGUGUGUGUGUGUGUGUGUGUGUGUGAGAGAGAGAGAGAGAGAGAGAGAGAGAGAGAGAAUAGUAAACCAUUUUCUUCAUUUGCUGCAUAUUUGUCAAUUUGUAGGAGACAGAUUAGAGAGAGAAAAAGAAGGCCUGAAGAACACGUCUAGAGAGAGAAAGCACCGUCGCCUGAGGGCAGAGAAAGCGGCCGAUCGCAACGGCAACGGACUAGAGAGAGAAACAGCCGCUGCUUCACUGACAACCAAAUGGGCACUCUCCAGACAUGGCGAAAGGCCUACGGCGCUAUCAAAGAUCACACCAAAGUCGGCCUUGCCCAUGUUAAUAGCGAUUUCAAGGAUGUUGAUGUGGCGAUCGUUAAAGCUACGAAUCACGUUGAGUGUCCACCCAAAGAUAGGCAUCUCAGAAAAAUUUUGGCCGCCACGUCUGCGAUUCGGCCUCGUGCCGAUGUUGCAUACUGUAUUACCGCUCUUGCAAGACGAUUGGUGAAGACACAUAAUUGGACGGUGGCAUUGAAGACUCUGAUAGUUAUCCAUAGGACGUUGAGGGAGGGUGACCCUACUUUUAGAGAAGAACUUCUGAAUUUCCAACAGAGGGGACGCAUUCUCCAAUUGUCUAAUUUCAAGGAUGAUUCAAGCCCCAUUGCUUGGGACUGUUCUGCCUGGGUACGUACAUAUGCACUGUUUUUGGAGGAACGACUUGAAUGCUUUAGGGUUCUGAAGUAUGAUAUUGAAGCUGAGCGUCUUCCUAGACCUGCCCAGGGGCAGGAGAAGGGCUAUGGUAGAACUAGGGAUUUGGACAGUGAAGAACUAUUGGAGCAGUUGCCUGCUCUGCAGCAGCUGCUGUAUCGUCUCAUUGGAUGCCGGCCUGAAGGUGCAGCCAUUGGCAAUUAUGUAAUACAGUAUGCUCUUGCUCUGGUACUCAAGGAGAGUUUUAAAAUUUAUUGUGCUAUUAAUGAUGGAAUUAUUAAUCUUGUUGACAAGUUUUUUGAGAUGCCAAGACAUGAAGCUAUUAAAGCCCUAGAUAUCUAUAAAAGAGCUGGCCAGCAGGCUGGGAACCUUUCUGAUUUUUAUGAAGUUUGCAGAGGAUUGGAACUUGCUAGAAAUUUUCAAUUUCCUGUUUUGAAAGAACCUCCACAGUCCUUUCUUAUCACUAUGGAGGAGUAUAUAAGAGAGGCACCACGGAUGGUUUCUGUUCCAAGGGACACAUUGGAAUAUCCCGAAAGGCUUCAGUUGACAUAUAAACCAGAAGAAGAGCUCUCUCCUUCUGAAGAUACGAAAUUAUCAGUUGAUGAACCCAUGCCACUGCCUCCAGAUAUUACAUUCUCAAAUGUUGAGGUCACUCCCUCACCUCCUCCCCCAACCAUGGACACUGGAGAUCUACUGGGAUUAACUGUUACCACACCUGAUGCAUCUGCAAUCGAGGAAAGUAAUGCUUUGGCUUUAGCUAUAGUUCCAACUGGUACUGCAUCAUUGGACUCUGGUGCUGUUCAAACAAAUGGUUUUGAUCCUACUGGAUGGGAACUUGCUUUGGUCACCGCUCCUAGUAGCGAUAUUUCUUCAGUCAACGAGAGGCAGUUGGGUGGAGGAUUGGACACUCUCAUUCUAAAUAGUUUGUAUGACGAAGGAUCAUACAGAGCCUCCCAGCAGCCAGUAUAUGGAGCGCCUGCCCCAAAUCCGUUUGAGGUACCAGAUCCAUUUGCUUUGUCAAACAACAUCGCGCCUCAUCCAUCAGUUCAAAUGGCAGCAAUGGCUCAACAGCAGGCAAAUCCCUUUGGUCCUUACCAACCUGCCUAUCCACACCCACAGCCGCAGCAGCAACAACAUUUGAUGAUGGGACCACAAAAUCCCUUUGGUGAUGCUACCGGGUUUGGAGCAUUUCCCUCGAACCCUGCUACUCACCCACAAACAAACAAUCCAUUUGGAACCACCGGCUUACUGUAACGACAUGUUGGAACAUAAUACAUAGUGUAUAAUCUACGCCGCCCGGCACAGUUGAUUUUGGUGUAUUUGGAGUUGGCAAGCAGUGGCUUUGUUUAUUCUAUACACAUGAGGGGUGUUUUGAAGCCUGAAAUCAUAUUUUUCUUUCAGAGUUGUAAAAGACAGUGAUUUGAUUUUGAAGAUGUAACAUUUGUAGUUAAGAUGAUUUGAGGUUAAUCCGCAUAAUAUGAAUCUGUUGUGAUCUCUUUAAUAAGAUGUAUAUUGAGGAAA